AUGGAGCAAUACAAGAAAAGAACACGGAAUCAAGGAAAUGAGCAGAACCAGGACAGAAGACAGAAUCAAACCCACAACAACGGGAAGAAUGAUCACGAUAAGGUAUUUAAUUGUAAUAAAUGUGGUAAGCAACAUAAAUUUAGGGAAUGUCCAGCAUAUAGAAAAGAGUGUAGGAUAUAUAAAAAAUUAAAUCAUUUUGCCUACAAAUGUAAAAACAAUAGACAAGUUGACAUGGUUGAAUGUGAAAGCGAUAAUAUGAGUAUAGAGUAUUUGAUAUUAGAUGAAAUAGAUAACAAAGACAAUAAUAAUAUUUGGUUAGAAAAGGUUAAAAUUAAUGACAUAAACACUGAAGUAAAGAUUGAUACAGGGGCGCAAUUAAAUGUAAUGCCGAAUAAGUUUUAUAAAAAAUUAAAGACAGAAAUAAAAAACAGUAAGGUGGUAAUCAAAGUGUUUGAUGGGACAAUAAUUAAGUCAUUAGGUAAAGUACAGGUAGCUGUUGUAGGUCAGUCAGCACGAAUUAUUACAAUAUUUGAAGUUGUGGAAUAUGAUGGAAAUCCAAUUUUAGGGUAUAAGGAUUGUAAACGAUUGAACUACAUUAGUGAGUUAAAUAAGAUAAAAGAAGUUGGCACAGAAAAGUUUAUAAAAAAACACAUAGAUGUAUUUACAGGUAUUGGCUGUUUUCCAGAUAAAGUUAAGAUAAAGGUAAAACAUGGAAGUGUACCAAUAAUAAAUAGUCCCAGACGUGUCCCCAUAAAAUUAAUGCGAAAAUUAAAGGAACUUUUAAAAAUGUUAUGUUCUAAGAAAAUAAUUAAGAAAAGUAAAGAGCCAAGUGAAUGGUAAAACAGUUUAGUAGUAAUUGAAAAACCGGAUAAAUCACUUUGAAUGUGUUUAGACCCUAGGGACUUGAAUAAGAAUAUUGUGAGAGAAAUGGUUGAAAUUCCAACCAUAGAUGAAGUUAGAAAUAAAUUAAUGAAUACAAAAUUGUAUACAUUAGUGGACUUGAAAGAUGGGUUUUAUCAAUGUGAGUUGGAAGAAGGUUCAAAAAGAUAUUGUGCAGUCAGUACACCAUAUGGUACAUACAAUUUUAAUAAACUACCAUUCGGAAUAGUUUGUGCACCUGAAUUGUUCCAGCAAUUGACAAAUUAAUACUUUGGAUACAUUCAAAAUGUGUGUGUGUACACUGAUGACAUUUUAGUUUAUAGUAGAACAAAGGAAGAACACCAUGAGGCUCUUCAAAAAGUAAUGGAUAGGUCCAGGUUAUUAAAUAUAAAAUUUAAUCCAAAUAAAAUUUAAUACCAAAAAAAUGAAAUAAAAUAUUUUUGUUUGAAAUUUAGUGAAAAAGGAAUAGAACUAGAUGAAGAUAGAAUAAAAGCCAUAUUAGAGUUAAAAAGUCCUACUAAUUUGAAAGAACUGCAAUCAGUAUUAGGAAUGGUGAACUAUUUAAGGGCAUUUAUACUAAAUAUGGCAGAUAUAGUGGAACCAAUGAGAAAUUUAUUAAAGGAAGAUAGUAGGUGGUUAUGGAGUGAUAAUUGUGAAAGGUCAUUUAAUACAUUAAAAAGCAUUUUAUCAAAAAUUCCCACUUUAGCCAAUUAUGAUGUCAAAGAUGAGUUCAGAAUUCAAUGUGAUGCAUUACAAAAAGCUAUUGGAUAUUGCCUAUUUCAGAAAGAUAAACCUGUGUAUUAUGCAUCUAAAUGUUUAAGUAUAACUGAACAGGGGUAUGCUCAAAUUGAAAAAGAAAUGUUAGCAAUUAAGUUUUCAUGCAUAAAAUUUCAUUGGCUUAUUUAUGGACAGAAAGUAAUUACGGUACAAAGGGAUCAUCAACCGUCGAUUCCAAUAAUGAAUAAAGAAUUAAAUAAAAUAACAAUUAAAAGAAUGAGGGUAAGCUUGAUGAUUUAUAACUUAAAGGUAGAGUACUGUCCAGGGAAAUAUUUAUAUGUAGCUGAUUUUCUUAGCAGAAAUUUUAAACAAAAAAUUGAGAAAACAGAUAAUACUCUUAAAGAUAUUGUACAUACUAUGGAGGUUGUUAACUUAAAAUUUAAAAAUAAUAAAGAGGGUGAAUUUAAAAAAGCUAUAUUAGAAGAUAAUACAUUAAAAUUAGUAGAACAGUAUCUAAGAGAGGAAUGGCCUAAAAAUAUGAAUAGUCUAGGGGAUAUAAGACACUAUCAUAAAAUAAGAAAUGAGUUAAUGUUGGAAAAAGGUUUAAUUUAUUAUGGAUGUCGUUUGGUUGUACCUAGAGUUAUGUGUAAGUACAUUAUUAAAGAAUUACAUGAAACACAUUUAGGUAUAAACAAAACUUUGAAAAAGCAAAUAAAUUUUGUUUUGGCCUGGUAUGGCAUCAGAUAUAACAAAUGCAAUUAUUAUAUGUGAAACUUGCAUAAAAUUUAGUAUCAAAAAAAUUAAAGAACUAUUAAAACAGCAUGAAAGACCAAGUGUUCCUUUUCAAAAAGUAGGUUUAGACAUAGUAGAAAUAUCUGGUAAUAAUUAUUUUAUAAUAAUCGAUUAUUAUUCCAGAUGGUUAGAAGUAUUAAAAUUAAAAGACAAAUAAAGCUAGUCAGUUAUUGAGUAAUUAAAAGUUGUGUUUAGUAGGUUUGGAAUUCCCAAACAAGUAGUUGCUGACAAUAAUCCUUGUGGCUCACAAGAAUUUAUAACAUUUGCCACACAGUGGCAAUUUGAGGUAAUAUUGUCUAGCACACUAUGCAAAAAGUAAUGGCUUGGCAGAGAAAGCAAUAGGGAUAGCGAAAGGGAUGAUUACCAAAGCUAGAUAUGAGAAAAAAGAUCUCAAUUUAGUUUUACUCAAUUAUAGAAAUAGUCCGGUGGCAGGUUUAGAAUACUCGCCUGCACAAUUGUUAAUGGCAAGGGAGCUAAGAACAUAUACCAAUUUUUUAAAUCCAAACAUUUUUAAACCAAAAUUAGUAAAUUGUGCUGGAGAAAUGCAAAAACAAGAAAAUUAUCAGAAACAUUGGUAUGAUAAAACUGCAGGGCCCGAGGAAAAACAAUUUACAGAAGGUGAAAAAGUUUAUACAUAUGAUAAUUUAAAAAAAGAAUGGGAUGAAGGAGAGAUUGUAAAGAAAACAAAAUGGCCCAGGUCAUACUAUGUGAAAAAUGCAAAAGGGAAAGUAUUGAGAAGAAAUAAUUGUUAUAUAAAAAAGAAAUUUAAAAUUAAGGACAAGUUAAUUAAUGAUGAUGUUAUGAAUAUAGAUAAAAAGAGGAUGAUGAUAGUAAGAAAAAUAACGAUAAAGAUGACAUUAAUGAAAAUAAAGGUUCUGGGAGUCAGACAUUAA